CAGUCCCCGCCAGGCCGGGCCCUGCGGGGCGUGACCACCCGGAAGGGCCUGCGCCAGCGCAGUCGCUCUCUGUAGACCAGAAGUAACCCACGGGUCGGCGGCCUCCUGUCCAGGCGAUUGUGGCCAGGAUGGGCCGGAAGGUGACUGUAGCCACCUGCGCGCUCAACCAGUGGGCCCUGGACUUUGAGGGCAAUUUGCAAAGGAUUUUAAAGAGCAUUGAAAUUGCCAAACAGAAGGGAGCAAGAUACAGGCUUGGACCAGAACUGGAAAUAUGUGGCUACGGAUGUUGGGACCACUAUCAUGAGUCGGACACCCUCUUGCAUUCGCUCCAAGUCCUGGCCGCCCUCUUGGAAUCGCCAGUCACGCAGGACAUCAUCUGUGAUGUGGGAAUGCCCGUGAUGCACCGAAACGUCCGCUACAACUGCAGGGUGAUAUUUCUCAACAGGAAGAUCCUCCUCGUCAGACCCAAGAUGGCCUUGGCCAAUGGGGGGAACUACCAUGAGCUGCGCUGGUUCACGCCGUGGUCCAGGAGCCGGCAGACAGAGGAGUAUUUCCUCCCUCGGAUGAUCCAGGACCUGACCAAGCAGGAAACCGUACCCUUUGGAGACGCAGUGCUGGCCACACGGGACACCUGCAUCGGGAGCGAGAUCUGCGAGGAGCUCUGGACGCCCCACAGCCCGCACGUGGACAUGGGCCUGGACGGCGUGGAGAUCUUCACCAACGCCUCGGGCAGCCACCACGUGCUGCGCAAAGCCCACACCAGGGUGGACCUGGUGACCAUGGCCACCGCCAAGAACGGUGGGAUUUACCUGCUGGCCAAUCAGAAGGGCUGUGACGGGGACCGGCUGUACUACGACGGCUGUGCCAUGAUCGCCAUGAAUGGCAGCGUGUUCGCUCAAGGGUCCCAGUUCUCUCUGGACGACGUGGAAGUUCUCACCGCCACGUUGGACUUGGAAGAUGUCAGAAGCUACAGGGCGGAGAUUUCGUCCCGAAACCUGUCAGCCAGCAGGGUGAGUCCCUACCCCCGCGUGAAGGUGGAUUUUGCCCUCUCGUGCCACGAGGACCUGCUGGAGCCACUGUCUGAGCCCGUGGAGUGGAAGUACCACAGUGCUGGCGAGGAGAUCAGCCUUGGACCUGCUUGCUGGCUCUGGGACUUCCUAAGACGCAGCCAACAGGCGGGGUUUUUCCUGCCCCUGAGUGGUGGGGUGGACAGCGCAGCCACCGCCUGCCUCGUCUACUCCAUGUGCCGCCAGGUCUGCGAGGCUGUGAAGAACGGAAAUCCAGAAGUGCUGGCUGAUGUCCGGACCAUCGUGAACGAGCCCAGCUAUGCCCCUGAGGACCCCCGAGAGCUGUGUGGACGCAUACUGACGACCUGCUACAUGGCCAGCGAGAACUCCUCCCGGGAGACGAGCACCAGGGCCGGAGACUUGGCCCAGCAGAUUGGAAGCCACCACAUCAGUCUCAGCAUCGACCCCGCCGUGAGGGCCGUCGUGGGCAUCUUCAGCCUGGUGACGGGGAGAAGCCCUCUGUUUGCCGUCCACGGAGGAAGCAGCAGGGAAAACCUGGCUCUGCAGAACGUACAGGCUCGGCUGAGGAUGGUCAUCGCCUAUCUCUUUGCCCAGCUGAGCCUCUGGUCUCGGGGUGCUCGAGGUGGACUUCUGGUGCUGGGGUCCGCCAAUGUGGACGAGAGUCUCCUCGGCUACCUGACGAAGUACGACUGCUCCAGUGCUGAUAUCAACCCCAUAGGCGGGAUCAGCAAGACGGACCUGAGAGCCUUCAUCCAGUACUGCAUUGAGCACUUCCAGCUUUCCGCCCUACAGGGCAUCCUGGCAGCACCGGCCACCGCAGAGCUGGAGCCCUUGACUGACGGACAAGUAUCCCAGACUGACGAGGAGGACAUGGGGAUGACAUACGCAGAGCUGUCGGUCUACGGAAGGCUCCGGAAGGUCGCCAAGACGGGGCCCUACAGCAUGUUCUGCAAACUGCUCCACAUGUGGAAAGACAGCUGCAGCCCACGACAGGUGGCUGACAAAGUGAAGCGGUUUUUCUCCAAGUAUUCCAUGAACAGACACAAAAUGACCACGCUCACCCCCGCGUAUCACGCCGAAAACUACAGCCCCGACGACAACAGGUUCGACCUGCGGCCGUUUCUGUACAACGCUGGCUGGCCGUGGCAGUUUCGGUGCAUAGAAAAUCAGGUUCUCCAGCUGGAGAGGAGAGAGAGGCAGAACUUGGAUGGCAUGGACUGAUGCCGGGUCCGUGGGGAGGGCCCCCGCCGGCCAGGACCCCGUGUGCCCCUCGCUGGUGACCUGGAGCCGGAGCUAAGCCACUCUUUACCUGGAGGAAUGUAAACGAGUCCCGUUUCACAUUUCAAGGGAGAGGGAUCUUUUAAGUCUAGUUCAUUCAAAAAAAAGGCUGAAAUAAAGAGAAUGAUUUUUAACUCA